AUGAAGGACAUCUCUUCCAUUGAGACUUUGAACGUUCCAGAGGGUGUUACCGUCGCUCUCAAGGCAAGAACCAUCACCGUUGAGGGACCAAGAGGAAAAUUGACCAAGAAUGUUGGACACAUCCAAAUGGACAUUCAACUCGUCAAACGAGCCAACACCCAACAAGUAGUGUUCACCGUUUGGCACGGUGCCCGAAAACACGUUGCUUGUCUUCGAACAAUCAAAUCCUUGGUCGAGAACAUGUUCACCGGUGUAACCAAAGGAUUCCUUUACAAGAUGAGACUUGUUUACGCACAUUUCCCCAUCAACGCUAUCCCAGGUGACGGUGGUAAAACCAUCCAAAUCCGAAACUUCUUGGGUGAAAAAUACGUACGAGAUUGUGUCAUGCUUUCAGGUGUCGAGAUCUCUUUAUCCGAUGUCAAGGAUGAACUCAUCCUCCAAGGAAACGACAUUGAAAACGUAUCUCAAUCAGCAGCUUCUAUCACCGACAAAUGUAGAGUCAAGGACAAGGAUAUCCGAAAGUUCUUAGAUGGUAUCUAUAUCUCUGAACGAACUACCGUCCUCAAGGACGAGUAG